GCCGCGCGGGAGAGGGCGCAUGCGCCUUCCGCCCGCCCGCUCGCUUGCCGGCCGGCCUCCCGGUUCCGUCGCCGUCCCGUCAUUCCCAGCGGGGAGCAAUAGAGUGGGAGUCGCUGGCGGGCUCUAGAGCGGCGCAAGGCCGAUGAUGUCGGAGAAGAAACAGCCCGUCGACUUGGGGCUCUUGGAGGAGGACGACGAGUUCGAGGAGUUCCCGGCCGAAGGUAGCCUUGAACCCAGAAGGGGAGCGGCUCGUGGGGGUGGGGGGGCUGAGGGACGAGGACGGUGACUGUGCGCUGUUGCCUGGUGGGGGGCGGGGAGGCUUUAGGAGAGGCUGAACACUAGGCCUCAAACACGCCUCUGUGUGGGCGCGCGCUGUUCCCGCGAGAGGGGCCCCCCCUCUUCACAGUUGGGGCUUGGUUGCUCCCGCGUAGGAGCCUCUGCGGCCUCGGGGCCUUAUCUCCCAGCAUCCCUUUCGCGCCUGAGGCUGCCCACGCGCCACACAUUUAAAGUACGUGACUCCUCAGACCUGCAGUUCCCAGCAUCGAACUAUAGUUCCCAGGAUGCUUUGCCCCGCGGGGUGGGAGUGUAAGAAUGCCAUGUGCUUUGGAUGUGCGGUGUGUUUACGCAGCGCGAGUUCCUGGCUGGCUGUCUCACCCGCAUCGUCCCCCCUUUCCGAAGUGAGAAUCGUCUCGUGUGGAAGAAACAUCAGGUGUAGGGUUGAGGCGUGACAGGUGGCUGGCCAGGUUUUGGACCGCUUUAAAACGCGUGUACCGUUCGGAGGAUUUCUCUCCGCUUGUGCACUUUGGGCUAAACAGGGAUGUGAUCCGACUGUUUUCCUGGGUACAGUUGGUAGGACCAAGUUCUCACACCUGGUGAACAAAGAUGCUAUCCUUGAUCAAUAGACGUGAUGGCAUGUACAGAAAGCCAGUCAAUGUGUGUUAAACAUUUAGCAGCAGCUGUUUAAUAAUUGUCACUCUUGCGUAUUCAGAACACCAUGUUUACUAUCCCCUUUAAUAGCCGGGAAGAAAGCCCUGUUCAUUUAUAGAACUUGCUUCCAGUAAAUUGUGGCAGACUCAGGAACCAAGGGCCUCAGUCUUUGCUGAAUGACCAGAAAUGCAGAUUCUGGUUUCAGACAGUACUUGCUCAACUUUAUUAUGUUUCUAUUACAUUUGAAUAUGAUUGGUUGAUUCGUUGCUGUUGCUGAUCUGCUGUGGUGGUGGUGGUGCUUUUUCAACAGUAAAACAGGAUUGCACAAACAGUGGAUACUGCUGACCUUAAGUAAGGCUUCUGUAUUAUUGUAUAGCUCAGCAAAACUAUGUAGAGGAUUUUUAAAAAGCCUGUUUCAUACAAUUUAUUAGCAGUAUUAUGUUUUUAAACAUCUCUGCUUUGUAGCUGAACUUUGUUAUAUAUUUUAAAGCUUGAUGCUAUGCACAUUGUGCUAAAAGCAGUGCCACUAUCAUUUUGCUUUAAUUGCAUUUGCUGUGCUGCAGUUGCUCAGCACUGAGAAGUGCAAAGUUUUUUUGUAUAAAAAUCUUGAGCUGCUGAUUCGUCAUAUUAUUUCAGCAGGCUAACUGAAAGAGCCUUUAGAAUUUUAGUAGUAUAGGUAUGAAUAAUAAUAGCAUGGGUAUCAGUAAACUUCUGUGUUAAAUUUCAGAAGUGCACCUUCCAGUUACAGAGUUUCACAAUGCAAAGUUAUAUUGACAUAUGAGAAAGAAACAUUCCACAAAGAAUGUUUUUAUUAAAGCACCCUACAUUUCAAGGCUGAUUUUAUUCUUACCUUUCAAAUUCAACCAUCUGAAAUCGAUUUGUUCUAUUUUUGUUAAGCAUUCCAUUGUGGUACAGUAUUCCUUAUAAGAAUUCAUCACAUGCUAAAUAUUUUUUGGAAAUUGUACAGAAGUGUGAAAAAUAAGUUACUUAGGUAUGUUAGAGCAAUAAACAAAGUAUAUGUUGGCUUUUAAGUGUAGAAGAAUUUAACAACUGUGUUAUACAAGUAGUUUUAAGAUCUUUGAAACGUGGGCAUGUUGUAGUUAAUUAAUGAUACAGUACAUUCAAAUCCCCAUAGUGCUUUAUAUUUUUUUCAUUUUAUCUGGUGAAAGGAAAAUAAUACCACUGGAUGAUAAUUUUACAUUUGCAAGUGUGCAAAUAACAUCCUUUAGCUGCAUGAAUAAUGUAUAGUUACAGGCUUUCUGUCCCAGUUUUUGUGAAGAUGACUGCUGCUUAUAGUGCAGCAAGUUUAAUCAGUAGGGAACACAAAGCGAGGUGAUCAUUUUAUCAGCUAAUGUUCCAAAUGCUGCAAGUUGCACAGAACUUUGAUGUGGAAACUAGUUGUCUGUUUGGAAUGUUUGAGGGUGGGGAAAAGCCUCCUACCCACCACCCCCAUCAGUACCUAUUGUGUUACCCGGAGCUGCUGUACAGCUGGAUGCACUUGGGGUUUUGCAUUUUACACCGUAUUAAUUUUAGUGAGCAUGUCUUUCAGCCCAACCCAUUUGCUUUCAAGAAAUUAUGGUAGCUACAAAGAUACCAGUGAUCCAUAUAAUUUCAGUUACUGAAAUAAGAAUGUGUUGCAAGUUAUGUUUUGCGUUGCUCUGUUUAGUAUUUCAACAGAGAUUGAUCUGUUAGAACAGAGGCUGUUGUGAUCUAAAACGAAUUAAUGCAUUCUGCUGACAUUAUUGUGUUCAUUAAUAUUAUAGCAAUGUCAGUUGCAAGAAGCUUUUCUCAAAAGCCCAGUUAAAACAUGGCAGGUCUACUCCUUGGUUAAAAACAUGCUAGGCAGUAAGUUUCAUUUAUUUAUGAAAAAUAAAUAAGCAACUUACACAAAACAAAAACUUGCAAUGUGCAAAAUUUAAAACAUAGAAUAAAACAUCAGAGAUAUAUCUAAGUAUCCUGGAUUUUUCCAUUCCUAAAUCGUAGUAUGUAUGUUUAGAAUUUGACAGUGGUUAACAUAAGUGCCAACAAACCCCUCAGCCAUGAUUAAGUGGAGUGAGUGGUAUUUACUCCAGGGAGAGGAAAGACUGUAAGAUGAGAGUCUGCUCAUCUCAAGGCUGGUUAGCAGGGAGCAUUACUUAUUUGUUUCAGAAUCAUCAAAAGAUUAACUUGAUUCAUAUUUUUAAUGCAUGAAAGCUCAACGUGCUAUAUAGUAAAUGAGAAUGCCAAAGCCCUGAAAUGCUCGUAUCUUGUGUCUUUUGAAAAACACCACCUAAAUGUGAAACUUAUACAGUAGUAUUUUGGUUACAAAGCCAGUGAACUGUCAUAGCAUAGUUACUGUAUUUUUGCAUCAGGUUGCCACAGUAGUGUUUAAGCACAGGACUGGUUUACUUAUUCUCGUGGGUUAGAGUUCUAGAGAUCAGAAAUGUAUUUGAAAAGCCAGUUUUUACUUUGGAAAAUAGUAGAAAGGCAUUGCUGGAACGGGCCUUUUUUAUGUCCUGAAGGAUGGCAUUAGAAAUGUACGGCAAUACAUGAUCUUUGAUCGCUGCCUCUAUCAUUGUGUGUCUCAAAUCUUACACAUUUGUGCCAAUGGUUUGAAAGCCUGUCAGGAGAAAAGCACAUGGUUUAAUAGCUUGAGCUCCCACUUGUUUUGCAGUGAUGAAAUCUGAUGUGCAACUUAUUCACAUGUCAUUUUUCAAAUUCCCUGGUAUUAGGGUCCCAACUGGUAUUGAAGUAGUAUCCAUGGAGUUUAAAUAUAUGAAUAGGGACUGACCUCUCAAUACUCCUUACUAGGAGGACGGAACUCUGGGCCCUUUCCCUAAUUGGGUUCAACCUCUCUCUUUUUUAAAAAGCUUUCUGGGCCAGUACCUGAUCUUUGGUCAGACAGCAUCUAGUUUGCUGCUCUCUAAUCUCUUUGCCUCAUUUCCUCACCCUAGCGUGUUGUCUAGGUUGCUUGAUACUGACUCACCUUACUCGCUUCCACCACCUUGAACAGAGCUGUUCAGCCUUACAAAUUUGGAAUAUCUGUGACUAGAAAUUACCAGCCAGACCUUUUAAGGGGAUCAGUCUGUGAAGUGCUUCUAUCAUUUGACUCCAAUCAUGCAUUUACAAACCACGAGUCUUGGCUUUGGUCCAGAUCUAACCGUUAAAAUAAUCUCAGUUCAUACCAAUGGAGCUCUGUCACCUUCUAAAGUGUGUAUAAGAUACUGGGAAAGUGGUAGAUACAAGAUACAUGUUUUAGCCACUGUUCACUUUCAGUUUUUACCUUUGUCAUUAAUAUUGCUGCAUGAACUGCAGUAAAUAUUGCAUACAGUGGUACCUCGGGUUACAUACACUUCAGGUUACAGACUCCGCUAACCCAGAAAUAGUGCUUCAGGUUAAGAACUUUGCUUCAGGAUGAGAACAGAAUUUGUGCUCCAGCGGCGCAGCAACAGCAGGAGGCCCCAUUAGCUAAAGUGGUGCUUCAGGUUAAGAACAGUUUCAGGUUAAGUACGGACCUCCGGAACGAAUUAAGUACUUAACCCGAGGUACCACUGUACUUACAGAAGAGCGGCAUGAAAUUACAUUGUGCUCUGAAUUGUAUCGUUAAAGUUGCAUUUAUUUAUUUCAUUUCAUAAAAUUGAUACACUGUUUGUUAAAAAAAACCCUCAAAGCAGUCUCCCAAACAAUAAUGCAGUAAGAUUAUUGUUAAAACAGUUAAAAACAACUAUUUAUAACACAAUUAAAGGGAAUGAAGCUUUCUGAUAUUCAAGUUGCUGAAAUGUUUUGCUCACAGUUUAACUAUAUAUAAACUAAACUUGUCCUGUGUCCUUUUUUUCAGACUGGGCUGGUUUAGAUGAAGAUGAAGAUGCACAUGUGUGGGAAGACAAUUGGGAUGAUGACAAUGUGGAAGAUGAUUUCUCCAAUCAGCUAAGGUCAUCUAAAAGUUUUCAGUAUAUACAAAUAGUGAAAAAAUUGCAGGCUAGAAUCCCUCAAACAAGAAUCAGAUCUGACAUGCUGGACAAAAUCACAUUUUGUAGUGGCUCCCAUACGUAACAUGGAACUUUGUACACAUCAGCAGUUGCUUUAAGUUUCAAGCUGCAUCACUUUACUGAUAUUUAGCCAUAUUGUGCACAUAAUAAAAUAGCUGCAGUGUCAACUAGUAUUAAUCACUAUUGAGGUACUAGCAGCUCUAAAUGGGUUAAGCUCAAUAUCUCCAGCUGAAUUUUGAGAUGAAAAUUGUGUUGCUGUCACUUAUUGUCAGUCUGAAAAAGCAGUUUUAAGUUAAUUGCAGGACUGACUAUUAUUUCUUAUACAGCAGAUAUUGAUAAAAUAGCCAAAACUGAAGAACCAUGCCAGAUACAUCAGAAAGAAGAGGAGGAGAAAGCAUUUAAUGAUUGGAUCAUAUUUCAGUUGCUUCAUCUGUUUUCCUUUAUCUACUGUAUCUGCAAAAUAACGCUUCCUGUUCUGAGAUUAUUUUUUCUCUGUAUAUAGCUUAUUUUUGUUACCUUGGCUGCAUGCUUAGCAAUGCCUUGCCUCCCUUUGGCCUUGAGGGGUUUGUGGCUUCCUCAGGCAAAGAAGAUGGAGAUACAUGCACACUGAAACAACAUACCGUAUUUUUCGCCCUAUAGGACGCACUUUUCCCCCUCCAAAAAUGAAGGGGAAAUGUGUGUGCGUCCUAUGGGGCGAAUGCAGGCUUUCGCUGAAGCCUGGAAAGCGAGAGGGGUUGGUGCACACCGACCCCUCUCGCUCUCCAGGCUUCAGGAGAGCCCCACCGCCAGCCUGCUGUCCCCCGGAACGCCGCCAGCCCGCUGUCUCCCGACCUGAUGUGAAGGCUGGCGGCGGGGAGAAGCGUGCUUCUCCCCACUGCCAGCCCCACAAGCUCGGGGGACAGCAGGGAGGCGCAGCACGCCAUCCUGCUGUCUCCUGACCUGGUUUGGAGGCUGACGGCGGGGAGAAGCGUGCUUCUCCCCGCCGCCAGCCCCGCCAGCUAGGGGGACAGCGGGGAGGCGCAGCGCGCCCAGGCUUAGCUUCGCGCAGGUCUCCGCAAGCUGUGGGAGCCCGGCCUGGGCUCCCACGGCUUGCGGAGAGCUGCAUGUUCUGGGGGCUGGGGUCGGGGGAAGCUCGGGGGGGGAAUAAUUUCCCCCCCUUUACUCCCCCCCCCCAAAAAAUUAGGUGCGUCCUAUGGGCCAGUGCGUCCUAUAGGGUGAAAAAUACGGUAAUUCAAAGGCUUGUGCUUCUUGUGUCUGCUUUAGCAUCUCAGUAGGGAAUAGGGGUGGGUGGCGAAUGGAUGCAACCACAGGUAGAGGGGAGAGGAAAGUUUUGGAGGAAGUAGCGUAGGAGAGCUGAAGCAAGAUACAUAUUUCAUUGAACUGUUUACAACAACCUUUUACUAUUGAUUGGUGCAGGUGGAUAUAUGAUAAACAGCUGGAUCCAGACUAAGUUAGUUGCACAUUGGUCCUACUUAAAUGAGUGUGAAAAGUUAGUUAUAACUGACAGUGCAGUCAUGAAGCUUCCUUCUAGGUAAGUGGGUAUAGGAUUGUAGCUUGAAUGAAGUCAUUUCAGUAGGAACAUAGUGCAGCUUACUUUAAUCUGGAUCCAACCCAAUUUAAAAAGGAUUUUAUAUUAUGUAAUCAGACUUUUCAUCAGAAUACUAAUUGUUUUGGAAGCAAAAGGAGGAGUAAUUAGAAUAUGUUUUGAGAGAUUUUAUACAUGUUGGGUUGAGCCCAGACACUUCCUGGCACUUGGGUCUCAUUGAUACUCAAUAGAAACUUAGUCUGCUUCCAAUCAAGUAUUUUUUUUUAAUGUAAGCAAGAAUUGAGUGUCUAACAUUUCGUAGGAUUUAAAUAAUUUGUGUGAUUUGUUUUUACUUUACAGAGCUGAAUUAGAAAAACACGGCUACAAGAUGGAAACCUCAUAGCUUUCAGUGAUGCUGCGGUCUGGGAUGGGACUGCUGUAUAUUGAACAGAGAAAUGUUACAGAAUGCUAGCUGGAAGCAGAAAUACUAGAAUGUCCUUUAUUACCCCCAAAAUUUGUUUUUGUUUUGUAUGAAUAAAAAAUUGAAACUUAAA